AUGUGCGACAGCAUAACAUCCUAUCCCGCACAUCUCAAGGCUCCCUACGCCACCGAAGAUCAGUCAUUCAGAUUUGUGGUGGAGCUCUGGGGUGGCACGCUGCAGAUUCCUGAACAGGUGGCAUUUAUCAACCAGCUGGAAGGUCCCACCCAGUUCAAGGGCCGCAUUGACCUACAACACCCCCAACACAAGUUCUGGGUGAUCAUGGUGGUGGCACCGGAGCUCACAAAUGGCCUGCCAAAGGUCCCAGCCCGGUACUACUUUGGUAGGGAGGUCGCAGCGUCUGAUCGCUCUAUCAUCAAGCGAUACGAGCUGCCUUCUCGGCGGUACCUGGGUCCCACCAGCAUGGAGGCCGAGAUGGCCUUCAUCAUGUGCAACCAGGCCAAGGUCUCCCGGGGCAGCCUGGUGUUCGAUCCCUUUGUCGGCACGGGGUCCAUCCUCGUGGCUGCUGCACACCGGGGCGCCUACACAUUUGGGGCCGACAUCGACAUGCGAGUCAUCAAGCUAGGCAAGAAGGACGGCGGUGGCUCCGCGGUGAACGUGCGCACCAAUUUCGACGACUACGGGCUCCCCCAGCCGGUGGGCCUCCUGCGCGCGGACCUGCACCGCCUGCCCCUCCGCCCUGGCCUGGAGGAGGUGCUGGACGCGAUCGUGUGCGACCCGCCCUACGGCGUGCGGGCGGGGGGCAGGAAGACGGCGGCGCGGGACUACACGCCCCGCAACCGCGACACCCACAUCCCCGCCACCGACCCCUACCAGCUGGGGGAGUGCUUGAGGGACUUGCUGGACGCCGCCGCCCGCCUCCUCAGGAUCGGCGGCCGCCUGGUCUACUUCCUGCCUGCCAUCCCGGGCUACUACAGCCCCGAGGAGGUGCCGGCCCACCCUGCCUUGACUCUGGUGGCAAACUGCGAGCAGGUCCUCAGCACACGGUACAGCAGGCGCCUGAUCACCAUGGAGAAGACUGCGGGCUACGACACAUCGGCGGCUGAGGCCUACCACACCGCAUCUGGUCCUCCCAGGUGA